UCAUCAUCAUCAUCAUCAUCAUCAUCAUCAUCAUCAUCAUCAUCAUCAUCAUCAUCAUCAUCAUCAUCAUCAUCAUCAUCAUCAUCAUCAUCAUCAUCAUCAUCAUCAUCAUCAUCAUCAUCAUCAUCAUCAUCAUCAUCAUCAUCAUCAUCAUCAUCAUCAUCAUCAUCAUCAUCAUCAUCAUCAUCAUCAUCAUCAUCAUCAUCAUCAUCAUCAUCAUCAUCAUCAUCAUCAUCAUCAUCAUCAUCAUCAUCAUCAUCAUCAUCAUCAUCAUCAUCAUCAUCAUCAUCAUCAUCAUCAUCAUCAUCAUCAUCAUCAUCAUCAUCAUCAUCAUCAUCAUCAUCAUCAUCAUCAUCAUCAUCAUCAUCAUCAUCAUCAUCAUCAUCAUCAUCAUCAUCAUCAUCAUCAUCAUCAUCAUCAUCAUCAUCAUCAUCAUCAUCAUCAUCAUCAUCAUCAUCAUCAUCAUCAUCAUCAUCAUCAUCAUCAUCAUCAUCAUCAUCAUCAUCAUCAUCAUCAUCAUCAUCAUCAUCAUCAUCAUCAUCAUCAUCAUCAUCAUCAUCAUCAUCAUCAUCAUCAUCAUCAUCAUCAUCAUCAUCAUCAUCAUCAUCAUCAUCAUCAUCAUCAUCAUCAUCAUCAUCAUCAUCAUCAUCAUCAUCAUCAUCAUCAUCAUCAUCAUCAUCAUCAUCAUCAUCAUCAUCAUCAUCAUCAUCAUCAUCAUCAUCAUCAUCAUCAUCAUCAUCAUCAUCAUCAUCAUCAUCAUCAUCAUCAUCAUCAUCAUCAUCAUCAUCAUCAUCAUCAUCAUCAUCAUCAUCAUCAUCAUCAUCAUCAUCAUCAUCAUCAUCAUCAUCAUCAUCAUCAUCAUCAUCAUCAUCAUCAUCAUCAUCAUCAUCAUCAUCAUCAUCAUCAUCAUCAUCAUCAUCAUCAUCAUCAUCAUCAUCAUCAUCAUCAUCAUCAUCAUCAUCAUCAUCAUCAUCAUCAUCAUCAUCAUCAUCAUCAUCAUCAUCAUCAUCAUCAUCAUCAUCAUCAUCAUCAUCAUCAUCAUCAUCAUCAUCAUCAUCAUCAUCAUCAUCAUCAUCAUCAUCAUCAUCAUCAUCAUCAUCAUCAUCAUCAUCAUCAUCAUCAUCAUCAUCAUCAUCAUCAUCAUCAUCAUCAUCAUCAUCAUCAUCAUCA